AGCAACCAACCGACCUCGUCGACUUUCCGCCAAUCACGGACGCUCACGUCGGCCCAUAUCUUGAGCGGAUGGAACACGACCUGCCGCUCGUGAGCGUGACCCGCGCGGCCAAGCUGGCGCUGCCGACCAAGGCCGGGCUUACGAAGGAAGGGAAGGAGCUGCUGCAGACGGCCGCUGGCAUCUUCGUGCUCUACCUCACGGCGGCCGCCGACGACGAGUGCAAGACCAAGGGCCGCCAGACCAUCUCGGGCAACGACGUCUUCAAGGCGCUCCAGGACGUCGACUUUGGCCAGCUGGUGGCGCCGACCGCUGACUUUCUCCAGCGCGCCAAGGCGACGGCCAAGAAGCCCAAGGCGACGGCGGCCAAGGACGACACCCAGGAGCAUGACGAUAAUAAUGGUGAAGAUGACGAAGAAGAAACCAAGGAGAUGGACGUUGGCGACGAGGAAGAGUCAAAGCAAGACGCAGCAUAAACCGUCCUUCAUAUUACCAACAUGCAGCAUCUACUCGGUCAU